AUGCUGGCGGUCAUUCGCCACUUCCAAGAGGGCAGGAGGGCGCGCGUCCGAACGAACGACGGACAGUACUCGGAAUGGUUCGAGGUGGACCAAGGCCUCCGACAGGGAUGCAAACUGGCCCCGCUGCUGUUCAACUUGUUCUUUGCCGCGAUGCUCAUGGUCGCCGUGGCCGAGUUCGACAAGGACCCCAAGGUGACGACGCACAUGGUCAAGAUCGGGACACAAGCGGAGUACACGGGCAAGAAGGGCAGGUCGGCGGGGAAGAAGACGACGGUGGUGACGGACGCGGAGGCCUUGUGGGCCAUGCUCUACGCUGACGACGCGGCCAUCGUCUCGCGCUCGCCGGAGAGUCUCGAGAAGAUGAUGUCGGUCAUCGUGCGCGUGGCCGGCCUGUUCGGACUGAUUGCAUCGGAGCAAAGACGGAGAUCAUGUGCAUGCUGCCGAAAGGGAUCGAGGAACGCCCGUUCACGUGCCUGGUGCUGGUACGUUACCGUUUGA